AUGGCGAGGGUUCCACAAGCCAACGCAAACCCCAAGCUUCUGCGCUGGCUCAGGGGAGGCCGCCUUUAUAGUCACUCGCCUUUGCCGUGCAGCGCAGGCGCGCUGGAGCCCGGACCGCGCUCGCCGAGCCUGCAGGUUCCCGACUUCCGGUUCCGAGGGGACCCAGAGGCCAGACGGAGACUAAUGGCGGCGUCCAUGAAGCAAGCCACCGGGGGCGUUGAAGAGACCGCGGCGGAAGAGGAACCGCGAGUUCUGGAACCCGGGGCCGCCCCAUUCGGAAAUUUCCCUCAUUAUUCCCGUUUCCACCCUCCAGAGCAACGGCUCCGCCUCCUGCCUCCAGAGCUGCUUCGCCGGCUCUUCCCUCAGAGUCCCGAGACAAGGCCGAUCCUGGGGCUCGACGUGGGGUGUAACUCCGGGGAUCUGAGUGUGGCUCUAUACAAACAUUUCCUUUCCCUACAUGAUGGGGAGACCUGCUCAGAUGCCUCAAGAGAACUCCAUCUCCUCUGCUGCGACAUAGAUCCAGUCCUGGUGGAACGAGCUGAAAAAGAAUGCCCUUUUCCGGAUGGCUUGACCUUUAUCACCCUGGACUUCAUGAAUCACAGGACCCGGAAAGUUCUCUUGAGCUCUUUCUUAAGCCAGUUUGGACGGUCAGUUUUUGAUAUUGGCUUCUGCAUGUCAAUAACCAUGUGGAUUCAUCUGAACCAUGGGGACCAAGGCCUUUGGGAGUUCCUGGCCCACCUUUCUUCCCUGUGCUGCUACCUCCUUGUGGAACCACAACCCUGGAAGUGUUAUCGGGCAGCUGCAAGGCGUCUCCGGAAGCUGGGCCUCCAUGAUUUUGACCACUUCCGCUCCCUAGCUAUCCGAGGUGAUAUGGCCAAUCAGAUUGUGCAGAUCUUGACCCAGGACCAUGGCAUGGAAUUAGUAUGCUGCUUCGGCAACACCAGUUGGGACCGAAGCCUUCUGCUCUUCAGGGCAAAACAAGCCACAGAGACUCAUCCGAUCCCUGAAUCACUGAUAGAGGAAGGGAAAGAAAGGAACAGAAUAAGAUUCUGGAGACAAUGAGAUGGGAGGGAGGAUAGAGAUAUUGAAAGGGUUUUAUGCGAAGAAUUAAGUUCAUUCUCCUUAACUCCUGAUAGUUAGGCAGCUUCAAAACUUGGCAGAAGCUUUUUAAAUGUCCAGGACAUGCAAUGAAAAGAAUCAGUAUCUUCCUCAUUUGGGGGGAUGAUCCCUGAGGAGAAUAUACCUGUGGGGCAAUCAUCUGUCCUAUCUGGAAUGACCUAGAGAAAGUGAUCCUGGUUCUGGGAUAUGCAAGGGGCUGCUUUUGGUGGUUAUUUAGGAAGACUUAGACCAGGUUAGCCUUAGAAUGUCCCUUCCCUGGGCUCCUUAAAUCUGAUCUGCCUUCUUCAGGCUUCUUCUAAACUUACUCAUCCUGUCUAUAAGACAAAACCUUACAAUACAAUCUGGAAUGAAAAGUCACUGGCCUGGCUAAAGGAGAAGCUUUGGUAGGAGGAACAUCUUUCCAGAGCAGGUCAAGUUUCCAACAUGCCCAGGCUGAGCACAGCAGUUACAGAUACAGUACUAACCAAGGUGCAUCGACUAGCAUUUAAAAGAUAUUUAAAAGAUUAAAUUAUGAACUCAAAAUCCAACCGGUACAAAUGAAGUGAAUGAAGUGGGAUUGUAUACAGUAUAUACAAUUAUAUUUUAUAUAUAAUAAAAGUGACUUGAGUAUGUUUGAGAAUGCCCUGUGAAUCUGGAGUAGAAAAGAAAUUUCUGCCUUUAACCACUCUACCCAUGGAGGUUUCAACUCAAGAAAAAGAACCUCACCCAAGCUCAAAACAGAAAACAUGCCAGCGACAGGAACAGGAAACCAACACAGGUACUCUGACUACAAUGAGCCUAGGCUACACGCCAAGCAGCACCAGUCCCGGGUAACUCCUGAUGGCAGGAAACGGCCACAGCGACCAAAGGAACAGGCUGGGGCUCCACCUACACGGCUGCAUGGCAUGUGGGAUCUUAGUUCCCCGACCAGGGAUCGAACCUGUACCCCCCGCAGUGGAAGCACGGAGUCAACCACUGGACUGCCAGGGAAGUCCCGAUCAUCUUUAUCUAUCCUCAAAACAGCCUAAUUUAGGAACCAACACCAAACAUGACAAGAGACUUACUGAGGGACAAGAAUGAAGAAUGGUCCUGGAUAUACUUUAAAUAUAUAGAUAUGUAAUCCAGUAUAUUAAAAAAUUAGCAUUUCAACAUGCAGUCAAUAUAAAAAUUAUU